AUGUGGCCUUCAGUCUCCGCUCACAGAAGCUUUGCCAAGAUACCAUGCCCUUCAGGUGCAUCCUGCGCACUUCCUCAUUGCAUAUUCAGUCAUGACGCUGCCAAGUCACCUGACCGCUUGCCUUCUCCACCUCCAGUAACAGCGGUACGCAGCGUUGAGCCAGUUGCGAGACAUGACGACGUUGUAAACCAGGACCUGUCUCAGGCUGUUCCUGUAAAAGACCAAGCAAGACCCAGCGGCUCGGUCAACCCAAACAUAUCCAAGGGCAAGGCGCCAGCAACAAAGGAGUCAGGAGCCGCCCACACUCCACCUUCGAAGCCGCUUGCUGGCACAGCUGUCUCCAAAUCCCUGCCUUCAUCUGCGACCCGGCCCAUAUCCCCACCACCAAAGGCUGUCGCAGCCAAAACUAUCAUUAAUCCCGACACUCCGGUUCCCGUGGUACCGCGCAAGCUCACCAAAGAACCGGCUACCUUCACCAAACGAGUGGCACUUCUAAAGGCACUGCACACGUACUUGAAACCACACAACGACAAGCUCCUCAAAGCAGUCAAACCCGAGAUCAAGGCUCUGCACCUUGACACAAACCAGCUCAAUAAAUUAGCAGUCGAUGAGGAGGAAAGGAUCGCCAUAUCCAACCCAUCGGUCUACGAGAACAUACUGAAACAGCGGCUAGUAAAGCUCAAGGGUAUGACACCAGAGGAUUGGGUCAAAGAGAGGCGAGCAGCCGUAGCCGCGGAAAAGGGCGAGCCGCCUAAGAAACCACCGCCUAAGAGGGUGGACACAGGCUUGAGUUCCGAAGACGAAAUCACGUUUCUCCGCACGCUCAAGUGUGAACAAAAGGGACUGGAUCAAUAUGGUUAUGUCACCCAUCUACCGAGCGAUGCAGAGCUGAAUGAGACACGUUUGGCCCUGGAUACAGCUGCUGGAUGGGAAGAAUGUGACCGCUGCAAAACGCGCUUUCAAGUAUUCCCAGAUCGAAAUGAAGAAGGUGCCCUCACAUCCGGUGGAGAAUGCAGGUAUCAUUGGGGUAGAACCAUCUAUCCUAAAAAGUCCAACAACGCCACAGACUUUAAGAGAUUGACAUGCUGCAACGCCGAAGUCGGAUCGCCGGGCUGCAGUACGCACGAAACGCAUGUGUACAACGUCAAAAGCGCGAAGCGACUAUCUCUCAUCAUGCCAUUCAUUCAAACAUCAGAAAACGACAAGGUCCCAAAAUCUUCGGCUGUAGCCUUUGAUUGCGAAAUGGGCUAUACCACCAAUGGCCUCGAGAUGAUGCGUCUUACUGUCAUAUCAUGGCCGCAACAUAAGCCGCUCGUUGACGUUCUCGUUCGUCCACUGGGACAGAUAUUAGACUUCAACACUCGCUUCUCGGGUAUCACGCGCGAGCAGUUUGUCAACGCAAAACCAUACGACCCAGCAAAUCCUAAGCCGGUGCGCAAGGACCUCCGUAUCGUUGAAUCACCCUAUGCAGCGCGAGAUCUCUUCCUUUCCCAUGUCUCGCCCGAGACACCGGUCGUAGGGCAUGCGCUGGAAAAUGACCUCAACACGAUCCGUCUCAUCCACCCCGUCAUCAUCGACACAGUUCUCCUCUACCCAACACGGCAAGGCCUACCGUUUCGCUCUGGGCUGCGGAAGCUCGCCAAAGAUCAUCUCGGCGAGGAGAUUCAGCAAGCAGGAGCCGCUGGCCAUGACAGCUACGAGGAUGCCCGCACAACGGGCGAGUUGGUGAGACUCAAGAUCAAAGAACAGUGGAAGCUGAAGAAGAUUGAUGGCUUCGAAAUCAGGGACGGCGGCGUACAUCCACCAGUGCCAUCCGGCGCACCACCAGCACGGGCUGCAACCACGCCCGUGAAUGUACCAACCGCGAACAUGACUGGAUCGGUAGGAACGAACCCGGCGGCUAAGAGAAAGCUGGAGGACGAAGGCAAGGAAGACCCCAGUGAAGAGCCGCCGACGAAGAAGCUGGAGACUUUGAGUUCUUAA